UGUACGACAGCGAUUGCCUACUGGGGCCCAAUAGAUCUACAUUUUGACUGGAGAGAUCUUUACGAAGGAUAAACGUUUUUUUUUUGCUGACGCUAUCAGAGGAACAAUGCGUUUUUUCCCAGUAACAAAGCCAUAUGUUCUGCUUCUCCCUGCUUCUGGAUUAAUCCUGAUUGUAGGGUAUCGGAUCUUCUGGUUGUUCAGGGAAAAAAUCAGCAGAUGUAUUCCAGUUGAAGAUGACACACUGAGCACCAGCCCAGAGUAUCAAGAGUUCACGUUCAGGACCAAAGAAUGGAACAUGGUCAUUCCUGACAUGUCAUCAUACAAUCAACCCAGAAUCUUGGUGGGACGUACUGAUGUGGUAUCAGUGACCCCAUGGUUGGCACCCAUUGUCUGGGAAGGCACCUUUGACCCAGUGCUCACUGACAACAUCUACAAGCCCAUGAACCUCACCAUAGCCACCACAGUGUUUGCUGUAGGAAAAUAUGUCAGCUUUCUCAAAGAUUUCCUGGAGACUGCGGAGAAACACUUCAUGAUCAACUUCAGGGUGCGCUACUAUGUUUUCACUGAUCGUCCCAAUGAAGUUCCUUCAGUGAACCUGAGUGGAGGGAGACAUCUGACAGUGAUCUCAAUCCCAGGUUCAAACCGCUGGCAGGAGAUUUCAGCACAGAGGAUGAAGAUCAUCCACAACACCAUCGAAACUCAGAUCCACAAGGAGGCCGACUACAUCUUCUGUCUUGAUGUGGACAGCAAGUUCCAUUUUCGUUGGGGUGCAGAGUCUCUUGGAAGGCUGGUGUCUGUGAUUCACCCAGGCUACUAUGAUACAACUCGUAACAACUUCCCAUAUGAACGGCGUCCAGCCUCGAAGGCCUUUAUGUCCAUGGACCAGGGUGAUUAUUACUAUGGUGGAGCCGUGAUCGGAGGGCUUGUGGAGGAUGUGUACAAACUAACUAAGGAAUGUCAUAAAGAAUUUGAAGAGGAUGCCAAGAAUUCCAUCGAGGCCGCUUGGCAGGAGGAGAGCCACCUCAACAGGUACCUGUACUACAACAAGCCCAGCAAGGUGUUGUCUCCAGAGUAUCUGUGGCAAGACUUCAAGGCCAGAACAAGAGAAGUCAAAGUGAUUCGCUUCUCUGGGGUCAUUAAAAACUAUGCUGCAAUUCGUCCCAAUGAAUAAAACUAAAAUGUGGAUAGAGAAAUUAAAUAACUCAUUAGGUCAAAUACAUUCAUUGAAACCAAAGAUGUAAUCUUAUACCAAUGGUUUUCUUUUCUUUUUACCAAACCUUUUGAAUGACCAAUGCCAAUGCAAUCAAUUGGAUUAUAUGCAAUGGUAUCAACAAAGAAAGUGGAGAACACCACUUAGCUUUGUACACUGUGGCCAGGCUACAUGAUCUGUGAUUUCAGUGAAUAUGGUUGGUCAAGACAUGGUCAGAGCUUGCUUUACCACUCCUGUGUGAAAGACAAAGUGAAGUUGGACAGGAGCUGAGAAUUCAUCAGGCAAACUGGUAAAAAAAACUGCCACUUUUCAGCUUAAAUAAAAUGCUUUUCUAAAUCCAAAAUGGGGCCGCUGCACAUGCUUGAAAGGUUCUGUGGUAAAGUGACCUCGCCACAUGUUCACUGGCUGCAUGGAAUCGCUACUCAGAAUUGUGCUGACCCAGAACAACUCACUUUUAAUUUAGUUCAUUAAAACACAAUGACUGGUAAUUUUAGGUUAUAUUGUAUUAAAAAGUGGAAAACUAGAAUGUAAUAUGAGU